AUGCUUCAGACAAAGAUAAGAUAUCUCGCUCGAAGUGAUGUGUACAACGUGGAGAAGCCUUACUCUGCGGACUUCAUCGUCGACGAACAGAACGGUGCGCAGCGAUCAAACAUCAUCACCACACAUUGCGACGUCCAGGUGAUGCCAGUGAGCAGCCGGAGUGCUUUUGACAUGGAUGUAUCUGGUUUCUGCAUCCUGAAUGAGGACACGAGCUUGACACUGGAAGAUGCACUUGCUAGGCCGCAGGACGUGGAGCUGCAGUAUCAGGCAGAACUUGAGCAGAUCGUCCACAAGCAUUUUCCAGAAUAUACAAGGCUUGAGGCCCUCGAUUUCGUGGUUCGAAAAAGGCAUCCGGAUUAUCCCACGGAGAAAGCCACGGUUGUCAAACACGAACAGCCUGCUGCGGUUGCCCAUACUGACUACACACGGGGAGGUGCUGUCCAGCAACUUAAAGGAUCUUUUCCGGGACAAGAGGAACACUUUCUUGAUAAGGAAUAUGAUAUGAUCAAGUAUGUUCUUCUCUCGCUUCACAUUGUUUUUUCCAUUAACACCCACAGUAUCUGGAAGCCAUUAGUCGGACCCAACGAUGACUGGCCGCUAGCGCUGUGCGACUACUCUACCAUCCAGCCAUCGGACAUUGUCCACGCUGACGUUCUACAUGUGGACCGCGUCACCGAAAAUCAGCUCCUAUAUCCAAAUGAACAACAGCGCUGGUAUUAUGUAGAGAAUCAACGACCGAAUGACCUUAUUCUAUUCCGAAAUGUGGAUAGCACGGGCAAACGAGCAGUGGGUUUCCACGCCGCUGUCCAGAAUCCAAGCUCAACAGGACCAGCACGGACCAGUGUUGAGGUCCGAUUUGUUGCGUUUAGGCAGUAG